AUGGCGCCCCUCAUCACCAACAUCUACACGGCCGACCCGUCCGCACACGUCUUUGAGGGAAAGGUGUACAUCUACCCGUCGCACGACCGCGAGACGGACAUCAAGUUCAACGACAAUGGCGACCAGUACGACAUGGCCGACUACCAUGUCUUCAGCACCGAGUCGCUGGACCCUGCCGCCCCGGUGACAGACCAUGGCGUUGUGCUGCGCAUGGAGGACGUCCCCUGGGUGUCCAAGCAGCUGUGGGCACCCGACGCGGCCUUCAAGGACGGUAAAUACUAUCUGGUCUUUCCCGCCCGUGAUAAGAAGGGCAUCUUCCGCAUCGGCGUGGCCGUUGGAGAUCGACCCGAAGGGCCUUUCAAGCCGGACGACGACUAUAUCCAGGGGUCGUACUCAAUCGACCCUGCCGUGCUAGUCGACGAUGACAACGAGGCAUACCUCUACUUCGGCGGUCUGUGGGGAGGCCAGCUACAAUGCUACCAGCAAGGCAACGACAUCUUCGAUGCCUCAUGGACGGGUCCCAAGGAGCCGAGCGGCGAGGGCGUCUAUGCUCUGGGCCCACGCGUGGCCAAGCUGUCGGCGGACAUGCACUCGCUCGCCUCGGAGGUGCAGGAGAUUGCGAUCCUGGACCCGGACACGGGCGCCAAGAUCCUGGCUGACGACCACGACCGCCGCUUCUUCGAGGCGGCGUGGUGCCAUAAGCGCAACGGGUUGUACUACUUCAGCUACUCGACUGGCGAUACGCACUACCUCUGCUACGCGACAGGGACGAGCCCUACCGGCCCUUUCACGUAUGGCGGACGCAUCCUCGAGCCUGUGCUGGGGUGGACAACGCACCACUCCAUUGUCGAAUUUCAAGGUCGCUGGUGGCUCUUCCACCAUGACUGUGAGCUAAGCAAGGGUGUCGACCACUUGCGGUCAGUGAAGGUCAAAGAGAUCUUUUACGACAAGGACGGUAAGAUUGUGCCCGAGAAGCCUAAAUAA